UACCCUCUGAACAUAUGCUGAGACGCUAACAGUCCGGCAUCCCUUCUUCUUCUUCUUCUUCUCUAGCAAAGAUUACCCACCGCUGAACCAACCAGAGGUCCGAGAACCGUCUCUGUGGUUCGAAAUCUUAGACUCUGGCCUUUCGGUAUAUUUUCUCUGGUAUUAAAGCGUGCCAUUAUUUGGCAUAGUGUGGGGUUAGUACCGAAAACAAUGCAAGAAGACACUGGCUCCGUGCCUCUUUGUGCUUCAGCUGUGUGGGAAGACAGACACAACAAACACGAGAUGAUAAUGUGGUUUAUUUGAAUACAAUCCGUUCCCAGUUGCAAGAAAAAACACACACGUCAUUUAUUUCAUAAAUCAUUUUUUAAAACGCACUCCCACAUCAUUGUGCAGUUGUUUGUAAAUUACACAGAACCGCGUUUUAAAACGUUUCAAUAUUAUUGCAAAAUAUGGUGAGUGAGGCCCUCUUUAUUCGUUUUAUUGCGAAAUCCCCGCUAGUUUCUAUCUUUUGGGGGAGUGAGGCAAAGAAAAAGAAAUCUUCAUAAAUGUUGGAAAUUUCAAAUCUUCUGUGACAUAAAAUGCACAGAUCAUUUUGCGCACAUGCAUUGCACUUCAGUGUGGGGGGGAGGUUAAAGAUGUCUAAAUUUGCACGUUGAGCACCCAAACAAAAGCAUAUCUGCUUGGGUUUAAACGCUGAAGUGCAAGCGAGCUGCAAAGCUCGCAGCUCAUGAGGAGAUAAAAAGAAAUAGGCAGAGGAACAUUUUCACAUUCACACAGUUCAGAUGAGGAAAUAAACGCCACCCUUUAUCAAAAUGGAUUGGUGAGGUAAGGCUUACUUGAAGAAGGGAACAAUCACGUGAACAAAUAUGCUUGUACCUUAAGGCAGCGCCUUUAUUUGUCAUCAUAAAGCUUCCGAAACACCCCAAAAUCCCAAUGUUAGCUGCAAAUCUUUACAGGCCUCUCCGUUUUUGAAUUCCUGUAUAUUUCACUGGGUGAUUGAUUGCCAGUGAUUUUUUUUCAGGAAUAAGGAUACCUUGUUCGCUUUUUAUUGGUAGUUGAAUGCGAGUCCUUCCAUUCUUUCGGGAAUACUGUCUCCACUGGUAUAUGGAAAUGUCUGAAAAACAGCAAGAUCAGGUUUAGGACAGCAUUGUCUACAGACAAAGGGUGAAGGAUUUAUUCUUGAGACAACGUGGAAAGGAACUGAGACUGAGAGGGAACUGCUUUAUGAUGAAUUGAUUCACAGGUCGAGAUGGAAGCAGUGGUGAAUGCUUGAGGGGUAUAAAACAGAUCUGCGCAGAUUUCGGUCACAGAGUGGAGCAGCGGUGGGAAACACCAAUCACGUAAAUAAACAACACUCAUGCAACUGGAUAAAGCUUCACUGGCUUACUGGCUUUGAAUCCACAAAAUGCAGAAAGCAACAUACUACGACAACUCUGGACUUUUUGGAGGCUACACCUACCCCAAACCAGACUCUUACAACUAUGGGCCCGCACACCAGUCCUAUCCUACUUCAAACAUAGACAGCGACUACCAGGGCUCAGUUUGUCCUAUUCAGACAGCUGCAGUCCGGCCACCAGCCCUAAAAGACAGUGACCUGAACGGAGACUGCAUGCGACAAAGCAGCAGUCAAAAUAACAACAACAACCAAGCGACUAGUAUUUCAGAGCAGCAGGCUCCUCCACUGUCUGCAUCUUCCCCUAGCUCCAACAGCUCUGCAUCUCAGAAGAAGAAAUCCCCAUCCAGCAGUGCUUCCAGCAGUGCCACGCCAGCCCUCACCAAGCAGAUAUUCCCCUGGAUGAAGGAGACCCGACAGAACUCAAAGCAGAAGAACUCAAACAACUGUGCCACCGCAGGUGGUGAAGUGAGUGAUGAGAAAAGCCCACCGGGACCAGCGUCCAAACGGGUCAGAACUGCUUACACCAGCGCGCAACUUGUGGAGCUGGAGAAGGAGUUUCACUUUAACCGCUAUCUUUGUCGUCCUCGGAGGGUGGAAAUGGCAAAUCUGUUGAAUCUCACCGAGCGCCAAAUAAAGAUCUGGUUUCAAAACAGGAGGAUGAAAUACAAAAAGGACCAGAAGUCUAAAGGGCUGGCGCACUCCCCCCUGGGACAUUCCCCGGAUAGAAGCCCGCCGCUGAGUGGCCCAAAUCACAUUGGAUACUCUGGCCAGCUCCAAAAUGUGAACAGCCUCAGCUAUGACGCACCCUCACCCCCGUCCUUUGCCAAACCCCAGCAAAAUAUGUACGGCUUGGCCGCGUACACGGCACCCUUGGGUGGCUGCAUCCCACAACAGAAGAGAUACCCGGGCUCCGAGUACGAACACCACGGCAUGCAGAGCAACGGCAGCUUUGCCAACGCCAAUUUGCAAAGCAGCCCCGUUUACGUGGGUGGGAAUUUUGUUGAUUCCAUGCCAGCCUCGGGCCCCAUGUUCAACCUCGGCCAUCUUCCCCACCCCUCAUCCACCAGUGUGGACUACAGCUGUGCCGCACAGAUCCCAGGAAACCACCACCAUGGACCCUGUGAUCCCCAUCCCACAUACACAGACCUCACCUCUCACCAAGCGUCUCAGGGAAGGAUUCAGGAAGCGCCUAAACUGACGCAUUUGUAAUAUGUGGUUUCGCGCGUGUGUGUGUGUGCGUGCGCGUGUAUGUUUGCGUGUGUGUGUGUGUGCCAAGAUUAUGUUGCGCUCUUUUUUUAUUACCUCACUAGUCUAAUAACUACACUCCAAGCGAGUCGUGUGUAUUAUUACAGUAUUAUUGAUAUUACUAUUAAUGCUAUUGUGUAAUUAUUUUCUAAAUAAUACAGCUUUGUCCAUUUCUCUUGAAUAUUUGAGGAUGCGGAGAAGCAGAUAGCCCGGUUGUCAGUAGUUCUUUUUUUGUUCUUGUUUAUUCUCAAGUGCAAUGCGCAAUUGUUUUGUUUUUUUCUUUUUGACUGAGUAUUUCAUGCCAUUACUUGAAGGUAAGUCUUGUAGAUCACAAAAAAUAGAAGCGCAUCUUUAGCGAGAAGGAUUUUUUUUAGGGAAAUUUUUCGUCUGUUUGUUAGGCUCUCAUUUCCCCCCGCGCACACCCCAAUUUAUUUAUUGUUUUGUAUUUUUCUUUUGAUUUGCAUAAUCUUUUGUACUAGCAUAUAGCCUAUUUAUUAUUUAAUUACUUUUGUAUUGCACAUUAUUUAUCGUUUAUAUGCGAGUAUUUAUACGUGUGGAGUUUGUUGUAAGAUUGGACAGAUCAGUGCACUUGGAAGUGUGGGCAAAACAGGGUUUGGAAAAUGCUAUGACUCGCAAUGUGUUGUUGGUAUAUAAAAAGGAGCAUUUCUAAUUGUAAAUCUGGGACAAAUGGGACAUUUUAUAGUGUAUAAACAUCACUAUAUGUCCAUGGUUAUUCUUGUGUCAAAUCUUAAGCAAAACGUAGACUAUCGAAGUAUCAAAUAUUAUACACACCAGCAUGUCAUUUUGUGUAGUCCAUUGCUAUUUUUUAUUUGUCUUCCAUUGUUAUUCCAUUCAGUUGGAUAUCCAUAAAUUUAUGAA